AUGAGUGAUCACUCAGCCGCCCAAGAUGCCUCGGGAAGACAGCCCUCCUCCUCCUCCUCCCCCGCCGCCCAACUCGCCAGUGCAAAGGUAAUCCUUCGCAACAACCUGCGCCAGUUCCCGGACUUUCCCAUUCCCGGCAUUGACUUUGUCGACAUCAUGCCGCUCUUCGCCAACCCGGAAGCCCACGCCACUCUCGUCAACGCCCUCGAGCUCCAGAUUGCCCAGACCUUUGCCAGCACAAAGCCUGACGUUAUUGUCGGUCUCGAUGCCCGUGGUUUCCUCUUUGGACCAGGCCUCGCCCUUCGUCUCGGUGUUCCCUUUGCUGCUGUCCGCAAGAAGGGCAAGCUCCCUGGUCCUUGUGUCACCGCCGAGUACGUCAAGGAGUACGGCAAGGACUUCUUCCAGAUGCAGGAGGAUGCCAUUCACGAAGGUCAAAAGGUUCUCGUCGUCGACGAUAUUAUUGCCACUGGUGGCUCUGCUAAGGCUGCUGCCGAUCUUGUCGCCCAGCUCAAGGGCCAGGUCAUGGGCUACCUCUUCAUUCUCGAGAUCCCUGGCCUCAACGGCCGUGACAAGCUUGGAGCUGCUCCCACGACUAUUCUCCUCGAGGACGCCUAA